CACAAACCCACCCAAUAAAAAGAGAAAAUUAAAGGAGAAGCUCUUUUUGGCAAAUUCGAUCAUAACCCGUGGAGAAACCUGUACCGACCCGGGUGACGUCAUCCGCUCUUUUCACCAACCCAGCCAACAAACAGCCAACCUACCAUCCCCCAAUCAAGAACAAAUACCAGUGCGAAACCAGAAAAGGUGCCCAAUUUUGACCCGCCAAUCAAAACUGGUCUGCUCUCACGUUCAGUUCAUCUCUUGCAACAUUAAUUUCAUCGGAGCAGAAGAUUAAGGAGAUAAAAUGGCUGAGCAAUCCUCAAAGCUGACCAGAAUCGGGCUCGCCGGCCUGGCCGUCAUGGGCCAGAACCUUGCCCUCAACAUCGCCGAGAAAGGCUUCCCCAUCUCCGUCUACAACCGAACCACAUCCAAAGUCGACGAGACCGUCGAUCGGGCCCGCGCCGAGGGCAACCUCCCCGUCCUCGGCUUCCACGACCCGGAAUCCUUCGUCAAGUCGAUCCAAAAGCCCCGCGUCGUCAUCAUGCUCGUCAAGGCGGGCCCGCCCGUCGACCAAACGAUUGAGACCCUCUCGUCCUUUUUAGAACCCGGCGACUGCAUCGUCGAUGGCGGUAACGAGUGGUACGAAAACACCGAGAGGCGCGAGAAAUCCGUCUCGGCCAAAGGUCUGUUGUAUCUCGGGAUGGGAGUCUCGGGCGGCGAGGAAGGCGCUCGAAACGGGCCCUCACUCAUGCCCGGUGGGGCCCACGAGGCUUACAAGUACAUCGAGGACAUUAUCGUAAAAGUGGCGGCCCAAGUUCCGGAAAGUGGGCCGUGCGUGACGUACGUCGGGAAAGGCGGGUCGGGUAAUUUCGUGAAGAUGAUCCAUAACGGGAUUGAGUAUGGAGACAUGCAGCUGAUUGCCGAGGCUUACGAUGUUUUGAAAUCCGUCGGGAAGCUUACGAACGACGAGCUGAGAGCGGUUUUCUCCGAGUGGAACAAAGGGGAGCUACAGAGCUUCUUGAUUGAAAUCACGGCCGAUAUUUUCGGGAUCAAGGAUGAUAAGGGGGACGGGUUUUUGGUCGAUAAGGUGCUCGAUAAAACCGGGAUGAAGGGAACCGGGAAGUGGACCGUGCAACAAGCGGCCGAGUUAUCGGUCGCGGCCCCCACGAUCGAGGCCUCGUUGGAUUCGAGAUUCUUGAGUGGGUUGAAGGAGGAAAGAAUCGAGGCGGCGAAAGUUUUUAAGUCGGGCGGUUUUGGAGAUAUUUUGACCGAGCAGACGGUUGAUAAGGGACAGCUGGUUCAUGAUGUGAGGCAAGCACUUUACGCGUCGAAAAUCUGCAGUUACGCGCAGGGUAUGAAUUUGAUUCGUGCAAAGAGCAUCGAAAAAGGGUGGGACUUGAAGCUAGGGGAAUUGGCCCGGAUUUGGAAAGGAGGUUGUAUUAUUCGGGCCAUUUUCUUGGACCGUAUCAAACGGGCCUACGACAGGAACCCAGAUCUUGCGAACCUGCUAGUGGACCCGGAGUUUGCAAAGGAGAUUAUCGAGAGGCAAGCGGCUUGGAGGAGGGUUGUUUGUUUAGCCAUUAACUCGGGCAUUAGCACUCCUGGUAUGUCUGCUAGUCUUGCUUAUUUCGAUACGUACAGAAGGGAGAGAUUGCCGGCUAAUUUGGUGCAGGCACAGAGAGAUUAUUUUGGGGCCCACACGUAUGAGCGUGUGGAUGUUCCCGGGUCAUUCCACACCGAGUGGUUCAAGAUUGCAAAAAGUAUCGGUUAAAUGAAAAAAGGUUGGGCUUUUUUAUGUUUGUUUGUUUUUGGUGAAUAAAUUGCGGGGAAUAAUAAGUGUUUGAACUUUGAACUGGUGGUUAACUGUUAUAUCGGUAUUGGAAGCAAGAAUUCUGAGUAAGUAUUGUUUGACUGAGUUUGUGUAUCCUCAGUUGAUUUGGAAGUGAACCUUUUGCCAUUUUUCAUUGUCUGUGUAGUACUUGUUUGAAGUGAUAUUUUGAAGCUUUUGUAUUCUGAGUUUUUCUCAGUAUCUGGUUCUUGAGCAACAUAUCGAUGCAGAUGUGUAAUAUGGUGGAUUUAUGUGCUAGAUUUGCUUCUGCUUAUAACCUUCCUAUAUUCAAAUAAGCUUCGUUUGGUAGGACGAGUUUUUUUUAAAAACUCGAGCUUAUCUCACAAACGUCUUUGGGUAGUUUUUCAAAUGAACUCGUUGAAAUUUGUAUUUCAGCUAACUUUUCAGCUAAUUUUAUCAAACACUUUUACCAUAUAAGCUAGCUUUUCAGUUACAAGUCAUAAGUUAUAAGCUAUAGGCUAUGUUUGGUAGGCAAAUAAGUUAGCGUAUAAAUUAUUUUGUUAGCUUAUAAGUUUCCUUCACUUAUCAACUAGUU